CAGUAAGCUUCAUUCACGCAAACGAAUGCUCUAUUCAAUCCUCUUCCCGCAACGAGAGGCCGAGGACCACCGCCCUUCUCUCGCUAAUCGCUCCAAGGUCUCCGAGGCCGUGGGGUGAAACGAUGAAGAUCGGAGCGGGAUUGGCUUGCAGGUCCUACUUUGCUUCUGCUCUUCCGUCACUCAACUUGGGGGCUGCCGUCGUUCGAUGCUCCGCCUCUGCCUCUUAUCCUUCAACCACCUCUGUCCCCACCUACACCUCCACUGACCAUAUAUCUUUCAUAAGAGAUGUAGCUGUUGCGAACCCUCCUGAACGUCUCCGUUGUUUGCUGAACAUGCUCCAAGCACGAGGUGAAACAAUAGUCCCUCCUGGAGCAAAAGAAGGACUCAUUCCCCUUGUUAUUCCUCUGUCAGAAAGCUUUUCAGGUGCUUUGACUUCUUUACUAAGGUGGCCAACAUCUCCACCUGGGAUGGAGAUGCCAGUUGUGGAAGUUCGGAAGCAUGGGGUGUGGUACUUGGCCAAGAGUGUAGACCAAUACAUUCAUAGAAUGCUUGCUGAGGAAGAUGCCAGAGGCAUCCAGGAAAAGAAGCUUUGGGAUGCUGCUGCAGAUCUUGGAAGAGAGUUAUAUAACAAGGGAGAUCUUCUAUCAUCUGGUAUUGCUGAUCUCGAUACUUAUCUGUUGAAAAAGGUCGGCCUGUUUCCAGAUGUAAUAGAACGGAAAGUUGCACGCCAUUUGCAGAGAGAAGAUCAUGUUUCAGCACUGGUCACUGGGGAGUUCUACACAAGGAAUCACUUUCUGGGAUUUGGAAGGCCUUUUGUUUUCAACGCAGAGAUUUUGUUAAAGGUAGGGCGCAAACCUGAAGCCAAGGAUGCAGCUCGGGGAGCCCUGAAACUGCCAUGGUGGACGCUGGGUUGUAGAUAUCAAGAAGUUGCAGAGAUCGCACAGUGGGAAGACGAGCAGAUUGAGUACAUAAAAGAGAAGGUGACAGAGGAGGGUAAGAAGGAAGAUCUGAAGAAGGGCAAAAGUCCAGAACAGGUAGCACUUGAUGAAGCUGCAUUUUUGUUAGAUUUAGCCUCUAUUGAUGGAAGUUGGGAUGAAGUUGUGGAUCGUGUUGCCGAAUGCUACAUGGAGGCUGGACUCUCUGAUGUUGCUAAGUUUGUGAAGUACAAUUAUUGACUCUAUUGAUAAAUGAUGAUAGAAUAGUUUUUUCAAAGUUCUGGAAGUGAAAAUAUUGAUUCUGUUGUGAUUUCUGAACGUUUGAUGGAAGAUCACCGUGAAGAAUGGCUAUAGUGCUAUACCAUCAAAAUUUGUUGGGGGUCAAGAGUUAAAUUAGACGGGUACACACAUGGAAUUGGGGGAUUUAUCAAAAUGCUCUUUUGAUGGGUCAAUAUACACACAAAAUAUUCUUUGUUUUAUAUGAAAAAAUUGCAGUAGAUCUUUGCUAAAGAA